UGGACAGCACCGGUUUAUGUAUCCUUCAGGUCCACCCCUACCAUUGAGUACAUCAACAACUGCCGAUGUCACUCGUUCCAAUGUGCAGCAACAAACUGUAAGUACAAAACACGGGAGGUGAGGAGAUAUCUUGAUACUGGGGAUGCAAAGUCCAUGGGAAAUAUGCAUAAACACACAAAGAAAUGCUGGGGU